GAAAAAGUCAAGGUCAACGUUUCCAGAUGGAUGUGUUAUUAUGAAACCAUAGACACAUCAAUAAGAACGGAUUAUAAAGUCAACUGAAUAAUUUAGUUUAUGGCAAAGGCCUGGAACUGUGUACUACCAUAUCUGUUCUACCACAUCUAAACCAAGGAUGGAUAGUGAGGUCUCAAUUAAAAUUGUAGAGGACAACAAAACAGAGGGCUCCAUCAACAUUCAAGAAGGCCCCACCAACAAACCAGAGAGCUCCAUCAAUACAACAAAUGACUUCACCAAUAUAACACAGAACUCCACCAACAAAACAGAAAGCUCCAUCAAUACAACAAAUGACUUCACCAAUAUAACACAGAACUCCACCAACAAAGCAGUGAGCUCCAUCAAUACAACAAAUGACUUCACCAAUAUAACACAGAGCAUCAUUAACAUUCCAGAAGGGUCCACCAAAAAAGCAGAGAGCUCCAUCAAUACAACAAAUGUCUUCACCAAUAUAACAGAGAGCUCCAUUCACGAACGAGAGAGCUCCACCAACACAAUACAUGCCUCUAAAAACAUACCAGAGAAUUACACUAACAUACCAGAGAGCUCCACCAACAAAACAGAGAGCUCCACCGACACAUCACAUGACUCCACAAACAUAUCAGAAAUCUUGAAUGGUAGCUUUGACAUGAUCAAGGAGCGCAUAAGCCACAUCGUAGAGGGUAAAUGCAUCAUACCAUAAUACAGAACAAUUGUGAGGUUGGGCACUACCUUAUGAAGAAAUACUCACAUGUGUUUUUCACUCCUAUUAUACAAUACACAUGCAAUAAUUACAUCCACCUGGCUUGUAAACUUGGAAACAACAAUAUAUGGCUGAUUUUGGAAAAGAUCGGACUUAAACACUGCCUUCUUAAUAGAAGUACUGUGUGUUAUCCAAAUCCUUGUAAACACAGAAAAUGCUAUCUUUAUGACGGGACACAAAACCCUGGAGCUCAAAACACUGUAACCAAAGACACUGAGACUCAAGUCAUUGGAACCAAGGAUACUGAGACUCAAGUCACUGUAACCAAGGAUACUGAGACUCAAGUCACUGUAACCAAGGAUACUGAGACUGAAGUCACUGGAACCAAGGAUACUGAGACUCAAGUCACUGUAA